GUACAGGAUUUGGUUUCUUGAAACUUAACGGAAACGACUUCAAAUGCGGCCGCCACGUGCGGAGACUUUACCUACAGAGUCUUUGGUCACAGUGAAACGACUCCUGUCUCAGACAUCGAGACUGAUUUUGUUCUUGUUUUUGUGUGCCACUCGCUUAUCUGAUAGUGUUAUUGACACGUGUAGUAAUCACUAAGAACCACCCCGUCCUCUUUUUGACCUGACGCGUGGUGAAGUGAGUGAACGCGGGGCGCCCUCUUUCGGCGGCGCUGAGCGCAGAGUGGACGCGCUAACAUCAGGCACCGGACUGACGCUGUGAGAUCUGCCACAACACAACACACACACACACACACACAUAGACACCGAACAAUGGACGGAACCGACAAACGUCAAAGUUUCAACAGGUAACCCAAAGUUAUGGCUCGUGAGAGAUCCGCUGCGGCCCCCGCACACUGAUCUGCAGUCAGCUAUUGAGCGCGCGCGUGUGUAUAUUCAGAGAUGUCCGGUUCGCACCUGAUGGGUCGCGUGCGGUCGUUGUUCCGCCGGCAGACGGACAGGUUGCCCCUCAGCGACACGUUUGAUUUCUCCGAAGAUCUCGAGGAAGACGAGACGCCCAAGUUCAGCCAGCUGAAGGUGGUGGUGUCCGGUGAGACGGACGAGCUCCCCACGGGAGCGCGCAACGGCGCGGCGGUCAGCACGCUGCUGGCGGACGAUGACGACUCUCUGCUGGACUCGUCCUCGAGUCUCGGGAGCCCCGGCGCGGCGGCGGACGCGUGCGAGAGCUGCAGGAGGACGCGAGAGCGCACCAGACGCCGGACGGUGAUGAGGAAGCUGGGCGUCGCGGCUCUCCUCUACUUCCUGUUCAUGGUCGGUGAGCUGAUAGGUGGUUAUGUGGCGAACAGUCUGGCGAUCAUGACGGACGCGCUGCACAUGCUGACGGAUCUCAUCGGGAUUAUUGUGUCGCUGCUGGCGCUCUGGCUGUCUGGCAAACCCCCGACAUCCAGAUUCACUUUCGGCCUUCAUCGGCUCGAGGUGUUGUCUGCAGGGAUCAGUGUGUUGUUGAUCUACAUUCUGACGGGUGUGUUAGUGAAUGAAGCCGCACAGAGAACCAUUCAUCAGGAUUUCACUAUAAAUGGUGAUGUCAUGCUGAUCACGGCAGCGGUGGGCGUGGCUGUCAACCUGCUGAUGGGAUUUCUGCUCAAUCAGUCUGGACACAUUCACUCGCACGGACACGGACACGGUCACUCACACGGCCCGACGGGGCGGAGUCAGGAUCAGGGACGGGGUCACGGGAGCCUGGCGGUUCGAGCUGCUUUCAUUCACGCUCUGGGUGACCUGGUGCAGAGCGUCGGCGUUCUCAUCGCUGCAUACAUCGUCCGGUUUAAACCAGAGUAUAAACUGGCAGAUCCGGUGUGUACGUACCUGUUCUCCAUACUGGUGCUGUUCAGCACUUUCCAAAUCAUCCGAGACACGGGCAUCAUCCUGCUGGAGGGCGUGCCGCGUCACAUGGACGUGUCGGGCAUCCGAGCCGAUCUGCUGAAACUGCAGCACGUGCAGCAGGUGGAGGAACUGAAGCUCUGGGCUCUGACGGCAGAUCAAACCGCAGCCGUCGUUCACCUGCAGCUCGUGCCGGGGAUGGUGGGUAACUGGGAGGACGUACAGACGAACGCGCGUCGCCUGCUGAUGAUGUCACACGGGGUGACGCACUGCACAGUGCAGCUGCAGACGCAGAGACACGGACCGCCGCAGUCCUGCACAAACUGUCUCACACCGAGUGCCUGAACGUAGAGAGGCGGAUGAACCCAGCCGGGUUUUAAUGAUUGUCCAGCAGCUUUUUCUAGAAUGACUAUUGACCUCAUUUUUGAUACACCUUUAAUACAAAAGAACCACAUGACAAACACACUCAGAUGAUUUUCGCUUGUGUGUGUGUGUGUGUGUGUGUGUGUGUGUGUGUGUGUGUGUGUGAUAGAUAACCCUCUGCAUGUUCUCAUGUGUGGCUCAAACGAUUACUUCUCAUUAUAUACUGACAAUCAGAAGAGACUGAGAUUUCACAUCACACACACACACACUUACAUGAUUAAACACCAUGUCAGAAUGGCACAGAAUUUUAUUUUUUACUUUUUUAGUUAAUUGUUGUUUAUCUCAAAUGCAAAAUGAGUAUAAAAGUAUUGUUUAAUCAUCAGUAAUGAUAAUGGUGAUGAUGAGAAGCCUUUAUGCCUUUUAUUAUUAUUUUUAUGGCUUUUUUGUUUUUUGCAGGAGGCUGAAGGUUCAUUCUUUGAUUUAAUUCUGUCGGCAGUAUUUUUGUUUGUGUUUCAGGAUUUGAUCUGACAGCUGAAGUGCUUGAUAACUUGAAAUAAAAGGAUUUUAAUGGCCUGUA